AUGGUGAAGCAGAUAAAGAGCAAGUAUGCUUUUCAGGAAGCCGUGAACAGUGCAAGAGAUAAACUAGUUGUAGUUGACUUCUCAGCCAUAUGGUGUGGGCCUUGCAAAAUGAUCAAGCUUUCCCUCUUUGAGAAGUAUUCCAACGUGGUAUCCCUUGAAGUAGAUGUGGAUGAUUGUCAGGAUGUUGCUUCAGAAUGUGAAGUCAAAUGCAUGCCAACCUUCCAGUUUUUUUUUUUUAAAAAGGGACAAAAGGUGGGUGAAUUUUCUGGUGCUAAUAAGGGAAAACUUUAA